UUCCUCCUCUCUAUGGUUUCCCCCUCCCCCCCUCUAUGGUUCUCGCCCUCUCUAUGGUCCCCUCGCUGUCCCCGCCCCCUAACCCCGCGCUGCACCCCAUUCGCUUAGCGCGGACCAAUCCACACUCCUCGUGGUUCCCAUUGGCCGCGCGGGGACCAAUAAGCGGCCGCGCUGGGUUCUGUAACGGGCGGCGGGAGGGGCCUUAAGGAGGACUUGAAGCGGUGGCGGUGCGGUGCGCGGUUGCGGAGCGCGAUGGUGGUGGGCGGCUCUUCCCAGAAGGAGAACCGCUCUCCGGGGCCGAGCGACACCGCGAAACGCUUUCCUUACGGCCGCGUCCCGGUGCGGACCCGCUCCCGUCAGGCGGAACAUGGAGAACGACCGAACGCUGCCUGCACCGCUCCGUCCUGCGGGCAGCCCCGUGACACAGAGGUGGAGCAGCCCCCGCCUCCAGCGCUGGAUGCAGAGACCACCGUCACCCCCUCACCUGUUGCCACCCCUGUGCUGGGGACUGUGGGGCGCAGGCCCUGCUUGGCCCGCAGGGUGCCCGCCCGUGGCCCCCCCUCUGCCAAAGGACCCUCACCUCUGAGUACAGCAGGGACCCAAACAUCACUGCUUUGUCCCCUCCAGGAGAGUGCAUCCAUGGGGCUGAGGGUCCCCAAGAAGAAGAAGAACGGCACCCCAGGCUCCUCCAGUGCUGGCUUGACUCUCUGUGUCUCUGUCACCAAGAACAUGCGUUCUGCCCCCCGCACUCAGAGCUCCCUCCGCACGCCGUGCCUCACCCCUUGCAUCUCCCAGCCGCGCGCCCUGCAGGUGGGGGCCAGCUUAAGCACUAGGAAGGGGUCCCGACCUGCCCCCUCAGCCCCUGCUGAUGGCGUUGUCCCCUCGGAGACCCCCUUGCGCUGGCGGCCGGCUGUGACCCCCCAGUCUGACCCCAGUGCGUACGCUGCCAUCAAUAACAACAAUCUGUCCCCAUCCUGGGACAAGGUGGUGGUGCAGCUCUUUAAGGGGAAUGAAGGCCAGCAGGAUGUUAAGGUGAUGAUGGCAAAUCCCAGCAGCACCCCAGACCUCAGCAAGGCACAGCGUGCAGCCCUACUCCUGCAGCAGCUGAUGAAGAUGGUGCAGGACCGACCGGAUGCCGUAGCGGCGCUGACGGAGCUGUGGGGGCUCAUGACCGAGUUGGGGGUGGACCCCAUGCCCCAGGACCCCCUGGACACCCACAGCCUCUCCUCGUAACUGUGACCUACGUGGGGGUUGAGCUGCAUCUCUGUGAACAAAGGGAGUGGGUGAGGGCACAGGCAGACCCUCCUGGUGGUGGCCAAGUGGCUGCUGGGGGGUACAGAUGGCCCCCUGCAGCAGGCAGACCCCCCCUCCAUGCAGGGCAGUGUGGGUGUUCUGGGCACAAAGAGUGUGGGAGUUGGGGGGGAACGCUGAAAAAAGUGUGAAUAAAAUAUU